AUUCUGUUUACAUUCUAGGAAAAAUGUUGCGGCCCUUCCAACUCACCGCUCGCCCUUUUGUACGCCAUUACGCCCUCUACUUCGACUACUGGAACAAAUGGGAUGACAAACAGUUCAUUUCACCAGCGAACCAUAAACAGGCCAUAGCCAUCCAUGAGUUCAGGUCAUCCAGAGACUUUGAGUUUCAACACCAGCUCCAUAUGAGCACUCAUAAAGGCCUGAUGGACAAUAUUCAGAGUUGUCAUGAAAGGAGAAUGCAAUACUUGCAGGAUUCGUUCAAGGACGAGAUACAGACCCUUAAAAGUUUCCACAAGGCGUGCCAAAAGCCUACCAUCAAGAUCCUGCGGGAGCGGGAGAAAGAACUUCGCAAAAUGGAUAUAGAAUGCAAAGAACUCAAAGUCUGUUUUUCUCUACCCUUGAUUUGCAUACUACUCCUAAUAUUAUUGUAGAAGCAAACUUUGCGCGUACUGUCGGAGAAGAUGUGGUUGGAGCAAAACUUCAAUAUCCGCGGGGCUCUUGGUAUGAUGUUACAAUAUCCACCUAGCCAGUAUGAACAGUACUGAUAUCAAACUAUAGAACAGAUCGUUUAUCAGUUCAGAGAACCAGAGGAUAUCAGGUCUUCAAAAGGGAUACAAAAGGGGCUUGAUGAGAUAGCAGAAACAGGGGAUUUUAUUGCGGUGCGUGAUAAGGUGGUGCAAGAGCGUGGGUUAGAACGUGAAAGGGUUAUAGCUUGUAUCCACUCCAUCUACCAUGAGGUAUCGAAACAUGCUCAUGGAAAUGAUGGGACCAUUGUUGUCCGCGCCAUUGACUUUACGCCAAAUGAACGGGCUGCGCUGGUCACCUUCUUAAAGCUGCAGAGUACAUGGAAGAAUCCCUUAGUGUGGCAGGAGGAGGGGUUAUCUGAUGAAGGUAAAGAGAGAGUAUAGAGGGUAGUGUUUCGUUUUUGG